AUGGCCACUCGGAGCAUCAAUGAAGAGGCUUUUGCUGGAUCUCACUCUGGAACACGCAACUUACAACUACCCAUGAUUGUGUUGAUGUUGGUUUUUAUUGCGAUCAACGGCGUGGUUGGAAAAUCUGGUGAUGCAGGACCUAGACAGAUAGCCGGAUAUCCGGUAGACACAGGCUACAGACAGCAGGGUCGUGGAGCCACACCUGUCACUGAGGAAACGUCAGACGAACAACAAUAUCAACAGCAACAGCAACAAGCAGCUGUACAGCAGCAGCAGGUGUACGCCCAACUGUUGGCCCAGAAACAGCAGUAUUUGGGAAAUGUUCAGCAGCAACGGGUGCAGUUCCCUCAACAACAGCAACAGCUACAAACCUACCAGCAGCAACAACAAUACCAGCAGCACCAACCGUACCAGGAGCAACAACAAUACCAGCAGCAAGAACCGUACCAGCAGCAACCACAAUACCAGCAGAAACAACAGUACCAGCAGCAAACACAAUACCAGCAGGAACAACAGUACCAGCAGCAACCACAAUACCAGCAGGAACAACAGUACCAGCAACAACCACAAUACCAGCAGCAACAGCAGCCUGGAUCACAAAGGCUACGUCAGCCCGAGAGCCUUGCCUCCUCAGCGGCUCUACUAGGAGUAAAGUUCUCUGCAGCCCCCGCCGUGGCUCGUACUGUCUACCGCACUAACACGGGAGUUAACUUUUCGUACCGAUAA